AUGCCCACAAGAGUUUUGAACAAUGGUUGGGAAACAAAUGUUGUCUCUGAGGAUACUGAAAAAGGUGGAAUGUUUGUAGAAAAAAGACUUGUCUUUAAUAAAGAUAAUGGAAAAAAGUCAAUAAUUCUGAAUAAUCAUAAUUAUUAUGUGGAUGAUGAUGAUGAUGAUGAUGAUGAUGAUGGGUCGUCGUCAUCAUCAUCUUCUUCUUCUUCUUCCAUUGGGAAAAACAGUGAUCUAUCAAUGGAGAAAUCAGGAGAUGGUGAGGAGGAGAUUCAGAGUUCAUCUGACAAAGGGGCCGCCAUGGAAGCAGCUGCUGCUCUUGAGGAAGUUUUGCCUAUAAUAAGAAGGGGCAUAUCGAGUUUCUACAACGGGAAAUCCAAGUCCUUUGCCAGCCUGGCGCACGCAUCAUCCUCCUCCAUAAAGGACAUCGCCAAGCCCGACAAUGCCUAUGCCCGAAAACGGCGAAAUGUUCUCUCGUGCAGCCUCAACAUUAAGAACCGAAACUUGUCUUACCUCAAAAGCAACAGUGGUGGCAUAUCCAAAAAAACUGCAGGCGCAGGCCGGGGGACUACUUUGGCUUUAGGUGUGGCCAUGAGCAAAAACUCCGAGAGUGGCAACAAAAGCUGCGAGGGCUGGAGGUCGUUUUCCUUGGCAGCUGAUUUGCAGCAUUGUGUUUCGGUUGGUGAAAAUAAUUCGAGUUUGGAUAGUCAUUAG